AUGGACAACGCCUUAACCGCUAUCGCCCCUCGGAAAGAAUCAAAACACCGGAUCCAAACGCCGAUACCCACCGUGGAUCGAGAAGGGGAAUUAUGGGUGGUCAGCUUUGAUGGAUCAGAUCGAGUGAAGCGAGGCGGAGGCACGUUCAGCUCGAUCGUGCCGAGUCUGCCCGGAAGAAGGGUGGUCAGCGCCAGAUCGGGCUAUAUCGAGAAUUUCACCGUGAAUGAAACGGAAUACAACGGCCUUCUGUUGGAACUCGUCAUGCUAGGAGACCUUGAUCGUAAACGUCUAGUGAUCUGUGGAGAUUCCAACCUAGUGAUCCAGCAAGUACGGGGUGAGAUCGAUCGCAAAGCACCCGGGCUGACGCUAUUAAAGCGGAAGGUCCUCGAUCGUCUGAGUCAAUGGAGCGAUCAUGAGAUAGUCCGAGGAGGCCCCGAGCACCAACAACAGGUCACCCUGAACCGGUUGGACGAGAUCCUCAUUCCCGAGACCGAGAAACCAGUGGUGCGAGUGGCAGCGGUCACCACCCGAUCUUCUCGAGUAAUGUCGCCCGUGGGAGUCAUGCAAGAAGACCAGGCCCGAGAGAUGCGGGUCGAUCGGGUCAGGCAGGCUCCGGAGGAGGAAGUCUGGAUCACAGGCAUGAAGAAGUAUCUGAGUGGCUCGAUCGCCGACCUCACACAAGCGGACGCAAGAUCGUACGGCAAGAGCGCGGCCGACUAUGAGGUGGACGAACAGGAUCUACUCUUUUACUGCCCGCCGACGCCGAGAUCGGGAGACGAUCGCGACCGAUUGAUGAGAUUGGUAGUUCCCGAAACGCUACAGUCGGACGUCUUACACCACUAUCACGCCACGUUGGAGGGAGGACAUCAAGGAGUGGGGCGAACCUACCAGCGGAUCAGGGAUCACUCCCACUGGAGAGGAUUGUAUCGGAGCGUUCAGCGAUAUGUAGGGGAAUGCGUGGACUGUGAAACGGGAAAAGGAUAA